AUAUUUUGUAGAAUGGACAAAGACGAGGCGGACCGGCUGAUAGAGAAGGCGAAGUUGUUGCUACGGUCAGGACGGAAGGACCGAGCGCUGCAGCUGCUUUACGAAGCCCAAAAUAUCUACCCCAGCACCCGGGCCAGAGUGCUGAUUGAUGUCAUAGUUAAAAAUGGAAGCAACCCGGCUCCGGAAGUGAACCACGUGCCCCCGCCAAAAGGCUGGAGAGAAGAGGACUGUGGCAACGCUGAGAAAAGUCAUGUGAGCGGCGAUGACAAGAAAAGCUACACAGAAGAUCAGCGGCAGGGUGUUCUAAGGAUUAAGAAUUGCAAGGACUUCUACGAGAUCCUUGGCGUCCCCAAGAAUUCCAGCGAUGAAGAUCUGAAGAAGGCGUACAGAAAGUUGGCCCUCAAGUUUCACCCUGACAAGAACUUCGCACCAGGAGCCACAGAUGCUUUUAAAGCAAUCGGCAACGCUUACGCAGUGCUAAGCAAUCCAGAGAAGAGGCAGCAGUACGAUCAGUAUGGAGAUCAGUCGGCAGCCGAGAGCGCGUCGCAACACACCACCCACCAUCGCCACGGACACUACCGAAACUUCCACAGAGACUUCGAGGCUGACAUUUCUCCCGAGGAGCUCUUCAACAUUUUCUUUGGAGGACGAUUCCCCACAGGAAACAUUCACGUGUACACCAACCAGGGAGCCUCCUACUCUCAGUUCUACCAGCCUCGUCGACGACGCGCUUAUGAGAGACGCGAGGAGGUGGUAGAGGACAACCCGAGUCAAAACUCCUUUACAGCUCUGCUGCAGCUCCUCCCUGUCCUGGUGCUGAUUCUCAUCUCAGUGUUCACUCAGAUGAUGGCCACCAACCCGCCUUACAGCCUCUUCUACAAGCCGUCCAUGGGGCUGGUGGUCUCCCGGGAAACUCAGCACAUGGGCGUCCCGUACUACGUGGAUAAAAGUUUUGAAAAAGAGUACCGUGGCGACGCACUGGACGAGCUGGAGAAGACGAUAGAGAGCGACUAUAUUGAACACUUGCAGAGCAGCUGCUGGAAGGAGAAACAACAGAAGUCGGACCUGGCCAACCUGGGGCAGCUGUACCGAGAUGAGCGUCUAAAGCAGAAGGCAGAGUCGAUGAGGCUGGACAACUGUGACAAGCUGCAUAGACUGGUGGGACGUCUGAGAGGCGGCAAGUGAAGAGGACACUUUGUAUGGGCAGUCACAACACUGGUACAUUAUUCUUAUAAUUCUUUUUGAGGUCAUUUCUCUACUCAAGACACGCUGGAAGGAAUCCAGUGCAGCAGAGUUGGGAACAAUGUGCCUUCUCUCCUCCGGGAUGGGAGGAAAUCAAGGUUGCAUGUCAGCUUCUUUGGUGGCCACAGCACUGUCAGUGUUGCACUAAGACUCUGCCCCUUUCCUGUUUUUUAUAUAGAAUUGGUCUCUGUAAGAGGUCAUGGUAUGAAGCUAUGUUUGUGUCCACACUCGGGAUGUGACGAGAUCUUGUCACAAUUGUUUUUUAUUUUUAAGAGUAUCCGUUUGGCAAGAAGUAUUAGAACUUCGCAUUAAGUGCUUGGACACUACAAACCGAGACCUAGCAACCAGAGCUAGACUCGGUAUGUCAGAGACUUGUAAUUGUAUUUAUUUUAACUUUGAUUUGAGGAAACCGGUUUAAGAGUUUAAAGCUCAUUCGCAGGUCAUGCAUGCAAAGUUACAAAAGGACUUUAAAGUGCACCUGUAUUAUUUUGUGAUUUAUUUUUGUGAUUUUUCUUAAAAGCAGGGGUGCUGUUAGGAAUUCUGGGGCCCCCCACACACCCAGCCUCCCAACUCUACCACUAUACGCGGCACCCCUGCGUAAAAUAAUGCUAAAAUCUUGCCUCCUUCUUGUGAGUCUUAAUAUGUAUCGUCACACCCCUAGUCCAUUAGAGUUCUUGCCAAAAAAGUAUUUAACUCAACUUUGAUAACGGUUCUUUGAACAAAUCAACAAGCUUCUGUACUGUGAAGCGAUGGAGUGCACUUUUAUUUAUUAUGUAUCAGAAUAGAAAGAACUAUGUUUAUUACUCUGCUUUGUCACAUGCAUACGGUCCAUCACAAUGUAGAGCUUCCAUUGCUUCUUACAUAGUGGACGUGUAAAAGCCACAUGACUUUUCGCUGUCUACUCAGGCUGAAGUGAUGAGCAAGGAUUGUACUUUUAUAAACCACAAAACUUUCAACUGUCUAGUCACGAGACCACAUAUUUGUUGCAGCGGACUAAGACAGCCACCUUUAGUUGUUCUCAAGCACUUUUAUCUCAUAAUAAAAAGUUCUAUUUUAUUGCUUUUGCAUGCACCCGAGCUAGUGUUUUUCUAAAUCUUUCUUAAAUCAAGAAUAAAACAUCACAUGGAUUUACUCACACAAAAUAGGACAGAUUUGACUAUUUUCCAGUGAGAAAAUUAAAAAAAGUAAA